AUGAUAGUGGAGGCGGUGACAAUAAUGAUAGCGAUAACUGUGGGAUUGUUUGAUGUUGGGACUAUGGGGAUUCAGGCGUUGAAUUCUAUCACCAACUUUGCUUCUAUGUCUUCUGAUCACUAUGCUUUUGACACUUAUUUGCACACACAUUCAAACUCAGGCAUGGUCUCCUCUGAUGGAGGUGGAGACCUUUCGUUUUUCUCUGACCCUUACUCUCUCUUCACUAGCUCUCCCACUCAAAAAAAUAAUAAUUCAAACCCAUUUGAUGAAAUUCUUCCUUCUUUUGAUCCUUUUCCCCCAUCUUUUUCAUCUUUGUCUCCUCCAAAUGCUCACUUGGAAAACCUUAGCCUUUAUCUGACUAACAGUGUUCAGCCACAGUCAAAUGGCCCAAUUUCAACAAGUGAAUUUGGAAGUUUCUCAGCUUGUGAUGGGUGGGAAGUGAAAAAUGAGGAAUGCCAAAUGGGUGUUGAUUACACCUACAAUCAGCAAUUUCUUCCUCACAGUUACAGUGGCACUGAAAAUAUAUAUAAGUACAUGCAGAGGAGCUUCAGCAGCAACUCUUUCGAAGGGAAACCUGAUUUUCUGUUCCAACCUCACUGUGAUACUCUCAUCGAUUCCCCAAAAUUUCAAAGGCAUGACACAAGCUCCCCUGAACACACUGUCUUCGCUGGACAAAUGAGAAGGGUGUGCAGCACAGGAGAUUUACAGAAUAUGCAAGCAAAUCACAUGUCUCAAACGGAGGGGCCGAUGUUGGAGGAACCAAACUUCAAAGUAGGGCGUUACAGUGCCGAGGAAAAAAAAGAAAAAAUUUCUAAAUACAGAGCCAAGAGAACCCAGAGGAACUUCAACAAGACCAUUAAGUAUGCAUGCCGAAAGACACUGGCCGAUAAUCGACCGCGCAUACGUGGCAGAUUUGCCCGCAACGAUGAAGCCAGCGAGAUUCCCAAGGCUCCAUGUUCACCCCGAGAUGAAGGCGAAUUCAAUUUUUGGGUAAAUUUUAAUUCUAUUGAAGAAUUGCGGUUGCAUGAAGAGCAAGACGAUGUAACAGUGGGGGCAGGACACUACGUGAAAAGCCAUGGAGUUAGUCAGUUUCAGUAUUGUGGCUUUUGA